AUGAAAACGGAUGAUUAUCGAGUAGUUUUUUUAAAGUUGGAACAGUUAUACGAGCCAAAAAGGAAGAACGAAGAUUCGGUGUUUUUGAUUAUGGAUGGUAGCGCUUACUACGAUGUCGAGGUCGAGGAAGAUGAUUGGAUUCGUAUCUGUGUUGAGCGGGGUGAUCUCAUUGUCAUACCUCGUGGCCGAAAUCAUCGCUUCACGCUUACGCCUAAGGUUAGUGCAUUUUGGCUUUUUUACAGCACCGCUAGCCCCAGAACAUUCAUCAAUCAGUGUUUACUAUAAUA